AUGUUGAGUCAGCGGCUGUUGGGUCAAGACUUUAAUGCCUCAGACAUUCUCCAGCUGUACACGGCGUAUCGGCGCAGUGGGGCCACGGUGUGCAUCGAUUCCGACAACAGCCGUGACGCACUGUUCAGAGCUGCCAUCAACACUGCCUUCUCUGCCUCUGCUGGCAACCCCCUCCCUCUCCUCCCUCCAGCGGACAUCCCUCUCUUCCUCGCCUGCCUGGCAGCAGCCAUCCGUCUGCCCCCUCCCCGUGCGCUCACCAUGGUGCUUGCUGCUCUUGCUGCCCGCACCCGCUCCUCCUUCCUGCAGUCCUGGGCACUGGUGAAGCAGAAUCGGCGCAGUGAGGCAGAGGAGGAGCUUCAACGCCUUGCCAGCAUUGCCACCACCCUGCCCCCUCCCCCCAACUCUGCGGAGAUGGAGAUGGUGGCGGCAGGGCUAGCACAGAGGAUAAGCCACAGGGAGAGGGAGGAGCUGCUGUGGGUGUACUGCAGGGCGGGCGGGAAGGACACCAGAGACGCCAUGGCACGUGCCCUUGGCCUGUAG